CUCCAACAUGCAGGAAAUGCCUACAAAUCUAAGUUUGGAUAAAAAUCAACAAAAUUGUGAUAGCCCAGUGAAAAAUCAAGAUCAAACAACCCAUACAAUCCAAAAUCUUGUGCCCUUGGAAGAUUUCAGUGAUAAAGAGAAAAUCGAAAGCAUCAAUGAAAAUGUCCCCCUGAAAACAAAUUCAAAUCAGGAUGAAAUGAAAGAAUUUUCCAAUGAAACUAGAAUUCAGCUUAGUUUUAGUGUUGACCGUUUGUUAAGCAACAAAACUUCACUAAACGAAUCUUCUCAACAGCAUCAUUAUCAUAAAAUCUCCACUCAAAGUAGUGAUGACAAUAAAUGUUGUAAUGAAUUGAAUAACAGCUACUCAUGUUGCUCCCUGCCUAAUUGUCUCGUGAAUACAACAACGGUAAAUUCCUCCGCGUCGUUGCGUUUUCCUGCUGAAAAUGCCUUUCAGAAUACCGAGGAUAUACAUAUGAUGACCUCUUCUCAAAAUGUUAUGGAUUUUAAAUCAAUUGUACGGCCAACACCGAUGAGAGCAAUGGGAAAUAAUUCCGAUCAAGCAAUCUCCAUGGCGGCGCCUUAUACCGCAAUGACACCAACCAAUCUAAUUCGAUUACAUCAUGCCCAAAUCCAUCAGAAGCAAAUGCAUCCUCACCUACCUGCCCAAACGAAUUUCUCACUGACAGCACUUAUGAGCCCAUUAUGCGGUAUUAAACAAAUGCCAACAACUACCCAACAAAUGGGUCUGCAAAGCUUUCCAGUACCCACACCAGUACCAAAUAGUAGAUAUGCAUCAAAAUCUUCCAUCAACUUUGACAUUCCAGGAAUGCGCCCUAGUAUAAACUGUAUACCAAAUUUAAGACAUCACCACCUGGUAUCCACAGCCUCGAAUGAGACUCAUAUGAACUUUGCGAACGUUAAUACAACUGCAGGUCCCACAGGAAGUAAUUCGAAUGCGACAAAUUCUCCAAACAAUGUUCCUUCCCAUACGAGUACGAACAUAAACAACAGCAACGGCAAGCGGAAACGUUCAUGGUCCCGAGCAGUGUUUAGUAAUUUGCAACGUAAAGGACUUGAGAUACAAUUCCAGCAACAGAAGUACAUCACAAAGCCCGACAGACGUAAAUUGGCGGCGCGAUUAAAUCUAACAGAUGCCCAAGUUAAAGUCUGGUUUCAAAAUCGUCGCAUGAAAUGGCGCCACACUCGUGAAAACCUUAAAAGUGGUCAAGAAAAACAACCCACAACCUCAGAGAACAUUCAACCCAACAGUUGCCUCAAAGUAAUCGUAGAUGGGGCAGGAGAUAAUGGUGGUGGUCCAGGCUACUCCAGCGACGGAUCCUCUAGUUUAGAAAUGAGCGAUUGUGAAGAUGAUGAGGAUGAAAUCGAUGUUGUCGAAUGA